GCUCGGUGACUCUCUGCUCAAUCAGUCUGGUCUGCUCUCCGGUGAGUCGUCGCUCCGACAGCGGCUGCCGCUCUUUUUCUGUCCACCGCGCCAUCACCGGGACGCCGGUAGGAUUAUUCACCGACCUCUCCGUUGGAUAAACGAACACCGAGUCCGGGAGGCAGCAUGUCCACCGCCCUGGAGAGCUACAUCAACCGUACGGUGGCCAUCGUCACAUCAGACGGCCGGAUGAUCGUGGGCACCCUGAAGGGCUUUGAUCAGACCAUCAACCUGAUUCUGGAUGAGAGUCAUGAACGGGUCUUCAGCUCCAGUCAGGGCGUGGAACAGGUGGUUCUGGGACUCUACAUCGUCAGGGGCGACAACGUGGCGGUGAUCGGGGAGAUCGACGAGGAAACCGACUCCACUCUGGAUUUAGGAAAUAUCAGAGCCGAGCCGCUGAACUCGGUCGUCCACUGACCUUUGACCUUUGACCUUCUGCAGCAUCACUGUCUCCGUGGCGACGGGUGACAUCAUGUGGAGUUGAGAAGCAGGUUUGCUGAGUUUCACUGGUUGAACUGACGGAUGGUGAAUAAAAGAUGAAGUCACCAGAUCGUCUUCUUGGUCUUUCUGUUUGUAUUUUUAUUAAAUAAAGUUGUGAAUUGUUUGAGUA